GAAAAAAACCAUUACUUCCUCGAAUAGUUUUCUUGUUUCUUGAAUCAAAAGAGCUGUUUCAGUUAUAUGGUUCGACAUGGAACGGAAGCAGAAGCAACAUAUUCAACCUUCAAACAAGCUCGGAUCCUAAUUCUGUCAUCUUCGGGAUUGUUUAUACGAUUUACAGGAAGGUAGGGGAGGAGUCAAUAGAGGUAGGGAUGAAAAAGGAGGAACAAGCUCGGUCCCUCUUCGGGAUUUCUCUUUCUGAUAAACCCAAGUGGAAGCAAUUCUUGCUCUGUUCUUCUGGUUUUUUCUUCGGUUACCUCGUUAAUGGAGUCUGCGAGGAAUACGUUUACAACCGUCUACAGUUCAGUUAUGGAUGGUACUUCACAUUCGUACAGGGCUUCGUCUAUCUGGCAUUGUUAUACUUACAGGGCUUUACCACCAAACAGAUGGUGAACCCAUGGAAGACCUAUGUGAAGCUCUCCGCAGUUCUAAUGGGAUCUCAUGGAUUAACCAAGGGUUCUUUGGCUUUUCUCAACUACCCUGCUCAGCUCAUGUUCAAAUCCACAAAGGUGCUUCCGGUGAUGGUAAUGGGUGCUUUCAUUCCAGGUCUUAGACGAAAGUAUUCACCUCUGGAAUACUUUUCUGCUGUGCUUCUUGUAGUGGGUCUGAUCCUCUUCACCUUAGCCGAUGCUAAUUCCUCUCCUAACUUCAGUGUGAUCGGUGUUAUAAUGGUGAUUGGUGCUUUGGUCAUGGAUGCCUUCCUGGGUAAUUUGCAGGAGGCAAUAUUUACCUUGAAUCCCGAAACUACACAGAUGGAGAUGCUUUUCUGCUCAACUGUAGUUGGGUUGCCUUUCUUGAUUCCACCCAUGGUUUUGACAGGGGAAUUGUUCAAAGCCUGGAAUUCAUGCUGGCAGCAUCCAUAUGUAUAUGGAGUGCUAGUGUUUGAAGCAAUGGCAACCUUCGUUGGUCAAGUCUCAGUAUUAUCUCUCAUUGCCAUUUUUGGUGCUGCUACCACAGCCAUGGUGACGACUGCUAGAAAGGCUGUGACUCUACUGUUAUCAUACCUGAUAUUCACAAAGCCUUUAACUGAACAACAUGGGACAGGGCUGUUGCUCAUAGCUAUGGGCAUCAUAAUGAAGCUUUUGCCUGAGAACAACACCAAAGCUACUGCUUCCCCAGCCAUUCCCAAGAUGGGGAAGUAUUCCUUCAAAGAAGGGGACCCUUCAAAUAACAAUCAAGAGGAUGAAGAAAAGAGGUCUUUAGUAUGAGAAACA